AUGGCAUCCAUUGUUGUUGACAGGAAGACAAAGGUUCAGUUGGGCAGCCGCAGGAGUAGUAGUAGGUCUUAUGUCCCCACGCGAUGGGUUUACAAGCUGAGGGCAAAGUGGAAGCGGGCAAUCGGGUGGCCACAUAAGAGCAGCAACAGCAAUUCACAAUUCAGCAAUGACAUCUGCUACAGUCACAACUUUGAUCAAGGAGGUUGUCUCGAUCAGGUCCUUAGAAGUCACGCUAUUUGUAGAUGA